GAAGAGGGCGAGAAAGGAAAAACGCGUUUGACCUUGUAAAACCCGUCCACCAUUACAAGUCUGGACUCUCUUCCUUAAUUCUACAGCUAACAAACCUGUCUUUCCCUCUAUCAUCUCCUUCAAUCAAGCCAAUCAUACCCCUCUCCUUCUCUCUCUCUUCCUUGAUCUAGUUCAACAAAUAUUGUGUGUGGAGGGGUGUUUCUCUUGCUUUCCUUCCUUUUCUUUUCGUUUUUUCACUUCAAGAUUGCUUUAGCUUUCUUGAUUUGAUCAAAGAUUUUGUGGGGGUGUUGUGUUUCUCUUUAUUUGUCUGUUGGGGAGAUUAGAUUUGUACUAGGGAGUCUUUCGUAGUUUUUCGCAGUUUUCUUGAUAGGUUCAGAUUUGUGUUUGUUUUAUUAGUCCGCCGUGCCCAUGGCGGACUUAGUGAAGCAAAUCUUGGCAAAACCAAUCCAGUUAGCUGACCAAGUGAUCAAAGUCGCUGACGAGGCUAGUUCUUUUAAGCAAGAAUGUGGAGAACUCAAAUCCAAGACUGAAAAAUUAGCAACCCUUCUUCGUCAAGCAGCAAGAGCUAGUUCUGAUCUCUAUGAGCGACCCGCACGCAGAAUCAUAGAGGAUACUGAACAAGUUCUGGACAAGGCCUUGAUUCUCGUUAUCAAAUGCCGAGCGAAUGGACUGAUGAAACGUGUUUUUACUAUCAUUCCUGCGGCUGCUUUUCGGAAAAUGGGCUCUCAGUUGGAGAAUUCUAUUGGAGAUGUGUCUUGGCUGUUGCGUGUGUCUGCAUCAGCUGAUGAUCGUGAUGAUGAGUACUUGGGGCUCCCUCCUAUUGCUGCAAAUGAGCCAAUUUUGUGUUUGAUAUGGGAGCAGAUUGCAAUUCUUUAUACUGGGUCUGUUGAUGAUAGAUCUGAUGCUGCUGCUUCCCUUGUUUCGCUUGCUAGAGACAACGAUCGGUAUGGGAAGUUGAUUAUUGAAGAGGGUGGAGUUCCUCCUUUGUUGAAGUUGGUGAAAGAAGGGAAAUUGGCAGGUCAAGAGAAUGCUGCAAGAGCAAUUGGGUUGUUGGGUCGUGACCCGGAAAGCGUGGAGCAUAUGAUUGUUGCUGGUGUUUGUUCAGUGUUUGCGAAAAUACUCAAAGAUGGUCCUAUGAAGGUCCAGGUUGUUGUCGCUUGGGCUGUGUCGGAGUUUGCUGCUAAUUAUCCUAAAUGUCAAGAUCUUUUUGCUCAGCAUAAUAUAAUCCGGUUGCUGGUGAGUCAUAUUGCGUUCGAGACGGUUCAAGAGCAUAGUAAGUAUGCUAUUGUUAGUAAGGCUACUUCAAUCCAUGCUCUUGUUAUUGCUAGCAAUAAUUCGAAUGUUACUAAUGAUGUAAAUAAGCAAGUAGUUGAUGAGGAUCAAAGUCGAAUUCCUUAUCCUACGCGGGAUAAGAGCCCGAAUCAAUUGCAUACUGUGGUCACCAAUACUAUGGCAAUGAAUGCUGCGACCAAGCGGCCUCUACAAAAGCCAGGGGCCAAUACUAAUGGUGCUACUCAUGUAAACUUUGCCAAGAGUAAUGGUAGCAACAAUUUGAAGCAAAAUUAUCAGCCCCAUCAUCAGCAUAAUCAUUCAAUUUCGGGGGUUAGUGUUAAGGGGAGGGAGCUUGAAGAUCCUGCUACGAAGGCCAAUAUGAAAGCAGUGGCAGCAAGAGCACUUUGGCAUCUUGCCAAGGGAAACUCUCCAAUUUGCCGUAGCAUAACUGAAUCUAGAGCGCUCUUGUGUUUUGCGGUGCUAUUAGAGAAGGGACCUGAAGAUGUUCAAUACAAUUGUGCCAUGGCUUUGAUGGAAAUCACAGCGGUUGCCGAGAAAGAUGCUGAUUUGAGAAGAUCAGCGUUCAAGCCUAAUUCACCGGCUUGCAAAGCUGUUAUUGAUCAAAUGUUGAAGAUUAUUGAAAAAGCUGACUCUGAACUCCUCAUGCCUUGCAUCAGAGCUAUUGGGAAUUUGGCAAGGACAUUUCGAGCAACAGAGACAAGGAUGAUCUCCCCAUUGGUUAGACUUCUUGACGAGAGAGAAGCAGAGGUCUCUAGGGAGGCUGCAAUUGCCCUCGCAAAGUUUGCCGGCAAAGAAAACUACCUCCACCUCGACCACUCCAAGGCAAUUAUAAGUGCUGGAGGGGCGAAGCACUUAAUCCAGCUUGUUUACUUUGGUGAACUAAUUGUUCAGCUCUCAGCAUUGCCUCUCCUAUGCUAUAUUGCACUUCAUGUCCCGGAUAGCGAGGAGCUUGCCCAGGCAGAGGUGCUCACUGUCCUAGAAUGGGCAUCCAAGCAAUCUUACAUGGUUCAAGACGAAAAAUUGGAAGCAUUGUUGCCAGAGGCUAAAAGUAGAUUGGAGCUUUAUCAAUCCAGAGGUUCAAGGGGAUUCCAUUGAUUCAUAUUAAUGUUUAACGUAGUUUGUUGCUGCAUUGAUUUUUCUCUUAUUUAUCUUCUGUCUUUGCAAUGGAGUGUACAUAAAUGGUAGCUGCAUUUCGUUCUUUUACAAAGCUGCUAUUGCUUUAUUAUGUGUUAUCUUCAUUUGUUAACACCCAUUAUUCAAUAUUUAUAUUCAUGUUCAUGGUUAAUCUCAA